CUAAUGCGGAUAAUGCCCUGGACACAUUGCGCAGUUGCACAGGUCUCUAUGGAUUUUGGGUUUUCGCAUUUACUGCGCAAAGACAGGGAGGCUGACUUGAGAAGUUCCUUCAACACUUUUUGUCAGGUUUAGUUUUUCCCCCAUUUGUUGAGAAAAUGGUUCACUGAUAUGAUUGAAGUUGUGUGGUUUAACAUACAAAUGGGUAACGACAAAUUUGCUGGACAUUCGAAGAAAAUAGAUUUACCGCGGACGAUGAGAGUGUGCACACACGAACUUCAGACCCAUACUCUCCUCAGAUGACAGGGAGUCUGUCUCACUAAAACAUCAACCAACAUCACUAGGGAGGGCCUGACAGUCGUUUCAAAAUGGAAUCAUUUCAAAAUCCUUAUGGAUCCCCGCUCAACCGCAGCCAAUCGCUGAUGAGUGGUCUGGAAAAGACCCCUCCCACAUGCAACAAGCCCACCCAUUCUCGGAGCAGUAGCACCGCCUCUUCACGUCACUCCCGGAACAUUAAAGACUGGGAGGUGAUGGACGACCUUCAGGUGGACAUGACUUCAGGUGACAAUCCCCAGGACAUGCCCGUCCCAGGGAUCUGUGAGGGCUACCUCCUCAAGAGGAGAAAAUGGCCCCUGAAAGGCUGGCACAAGAGGUACUUUGUGUUGGAAACUGGGAUCUUACGAUACUCCAAAACCCAACAAGAUAUUACCAGGGGAAAGCUCCAUGGUUCAUUAGAUGUCAGCCUUGCAGUCAUGUCGAUCAACAAGAAAUCCAAUCGUAUAGAUUUGGAUGCAGGAGACAUCCUGUAUCACAUUAAGGCCAAGAGUCACGACCUGUUCUACAUAUGGGUAACCAAGCUGAGUGCCCACCGAAUGUUCAAGAAGAACGAGGCUGCCCAUGUGCACAAUGGCUUCCUGCAGGCCUUGACCCAGGGCACCGGUGGAACUGGUCAGUCCCAGACGAAUGACAUGCAGGACGUGUCUUCCUACCAACUCUACCACGGCGCCACUGGCUCUUACACGGGAGAGAUGGCCACGCCAACGCCGUCCGAGUUUCCCCCUGGGGUCAAUCGGAAGGUUUCAGCCUGGUUACAACAGACUCGUGAUCCAGAUAGCUGUGCUCAAGAGCUGAACCGCUGCCAGUUGGACCUGUCUGAGCUGAACAGGCUAGUCCAGAAGCUGCAGAUGUUGGAAGGGGGUCAACAAGCCUUCUCCAAUGGGGAGCUGCAGCGCAUCAUCAGCAUGCAGAAUCUUUCACUUGAGAAACCCAAGAAGUCGAGGUCUGGCAAGAUAUGGGGUCAUUCUCGCACCCUGUCCAGGGUGGAAGCUCUCGGAAUGGUAAGACAGCCUUUUCGUGGGAUUACUAAAUCGCUGUCCUCCAGCCAUCUGAACAGCUCGUCCCAACUGGGUGCGUCUGUCCCCUCCAUCUCAGACUACACUCCCUCCAUCCCCGACUAUGUCUACUCCCAGCUCUCCCCUUCGACCAACACCUCCCUUGAAGGGAAGAAGAUCCAGCAAGAAUUCUGUGCUGUGUCUCAAAGAGUGCAUGCGUCCCUCAAGUCUGUGCAUGAGGCCUUGGCCCAGGAGCGCCUGAGACUGCAGGACACAUACCACCAAUCAACCGCGCUGGCUGAGACCUCGUCUGGGGACCAGUCCCGUCGCACACCCUCAGUGACAGACUCUGCGGCGGAAUAUUUUGAUGCGAGCGACGACGUCCUGAACGGGAGUUCCUCUGAGUCUGGUGAGUCUGGUCUGAGUGACGGGACCACCACCAACUCUGAACCUGAGGAAGGCCAUGCUUCGGCGACUCGCGAGUACCGCGCCAGCAUCUCCAAGGCGCCCAGCAGCGCGGUGCCCAAGAACACGGGCCGCCGCUGCACCCUGCCGGCCCGUUGCCCAGACAAUGCCCACGUGGGCCUGAUGCAGAUCCUCUACAACAACAUCGGCAAGGACCUGUCCCGCGUCUCCAUGCCUGCGGCGCUCAACGAGCCCGUCAACCUGAUUCAGCGGCUGUGUGAGGAGCUGGAGUACUCGGAGCUGCUGGACACGGCCAACAACACACAGGACCCCUACCAGAGGAUGGUCUACAUUGGUGCCUUUGCCAUCUCUGGCUAUGCUACAGCUCACUACCGCAACCGCUACAAGCCCUUCAACCCUCUCUUGGGGGAGACCUAUGAAUGUCACAGGGAGGACAAGGGCUUCCGCUUCAUCAGUGAACAGGUUUGCCACCAUCCCCCAAUCUCUGCAUGUCAUGCUGACUCUGAUAACUUCUCACUGUGGCAGGAUCAGCGGUGGAAGAAUAAGUUCUGGGGGAAGUCUUUGGAGAUCAUGCCAACGGGGAUGGUGAACGUCACUCUACCAAGGUUUGGGGACCACUACGAGUGGAACAAAGUGGUCACCUGCGUCCACAAUGUGUUGAGCCAGCAGCGCUACCUCGAGCACUACGGGGAAGUCGUCAUACGUAACCUCAACAGCAACGCGUGCACCUGCAAGAUCACCUUCGUCAAGUCCCGCUACUGGGGUUCGGACACCAACAAGAACGAGGUGCAGGGCACCGUACUGGACCAGACCGGGAGCGUCAUUCACCGGUUCGGGGGACUUUGGCACGAGGGCAUCUUCUGCGACACCUUUCCUACUCCGCAGUGCGUCUGGAAGCCAAAUCCCCAGCCCAAGGACUACUACUUGUACUACGGCUUCUCCAACUUCGCACUGGAGCUGAACGAGCUCACCCCAGACCUGAAGCCUCUUCUGCCCCCCACCGACUCACGCCUCAGGCCUGACCAGAGGAUGCUGGAGGAGGGUCGGGUGGAUGACUGUGACAAGUUUAAAGAAGAGGUGGAGGAGAGGCAGAGGGAGCGGAGGAAACAACUGGCUAAGAGAGGCGAGGAACACAUUCCACGCUUCUUUAAGAAAGCUGUGGAUUCCUGUGGGAGAGAUGUGUGGUUGACCAAUGGAACCUACUGGAAAAUCAGAGAGAACCCGGGCUUUGCGAACUCAAAGAACCUGGAACUGUGGUGAAUUGCCCAAAUUGCUGGUGCGCUGAGGGAGUCCAGUGACCGUAAUGUCUCACACGGUGAGAAUUGAAGGCCUAUAUGGACUGUCUUCAGGAACCCACCCACCAUCAUCACCCUGUGAUUUGCAAUCCCCAGACAUGGGAAGUCUUUGGAAAAAGUCCGGAAACUACUUAGAACCUUUUGAAUUCAACAGUGAUUAGUCAGGAAGAUAAUUGGUUCCUGGCAUUCCCAGAAAAAGGUUGCUUAACCUGUUCUGUCAGAUGAGAAGGAUCAGGGGUUUUCAUUAUGCCCGGUACUUGAAUUUAGCCCGAUUUAUGCUAAUUGCCCAUUGUGUACAUUUGUUCUCUUGUAAAGAUUUGUGUUGUCUAAGAUUUUCAGGUUUUUCUGGUCAAGACAACAAUUGUUGUGCAUCACGACUUGUGCAUCUUCUCCCAAAUACGUCUCUGCAUGAUUGGUGCAAAUUACGCACAUUUUAUUUGUAGCAGUGGUACUAGAAUUAAAGACUUCUGUCCUACACGAGUA